UAAUUUGAUGCACAUUUAUUGGCAUUACAUUAAAGAGAACACACCUUUUUUUUCCCAGUUUCUGCUUUUGCCUGAAGGUGUUCAGGUUGAAAGCUUAAUAAAGAGCCUGCGGGUCUCGGGUAUUAUCAGCUGCGCUCGCGGUGAGCCUCAGUGAGGCAGCGCGGGGCGGGGAGAAACAGCUGACAUCCUCAAGCGAGAUUACAAAGCUGACUCCUGCAGAGCCCUGCUUGACCCAAAGACACUCUGAAAGGAGGCGCGCUGGGGCAGUCGGAGCGCACGCCGCGCGUAUUAGCGAGUUAUUGGACGAGACUCUGACAUGAAGUAGGAGCUGUGCGUAAAAAUCCACAGGAUUCCACGGAGGGGUUGAUCAUCGGAUAAAAGAGGGUGCCAAAGUGCGACUUCAUGCAAAUUAAAAAAAACAUAGGCGGGCCUUUGGGCGAUGGAGUCACAGCCGGAAAAUCAAACCCCCCUCCCGGAUCAUCGGCGACCUUCAAAGAAUGUGAUGCGCGGCGCACGGACGCACUGACAGCGGCGCAAAUGUUUUAAAGGCGCAAAGGCAGAGAGAAGAAAGUUCAGGACUCCAGCUCCUCUUAACUGGCUCCAACUCGCUCACAGCGGCGCCACGGCUGCUGGAUCCUCCACUGCGCACGCUCCAGCGCACCAUCAAACACUGCUUAGACUUUUUCGGUUUAAAAAAUAGACGUUAACCAUAUUUGUUAUUAUUAUUUAAUUGAAAAAACAGUUUUACUUUUUUUAACAAUCCGGAUGCGGGUGAAAAUAGCGACCACUUUAUCCACAGAAUCCGUGCGUAAAGACGCAGACGCUGAUUUAGCUUUAAACUUCUUUUUUAAUUGUUGGUAAAACUCCAGAGGACUUUUUUCAGCAACAUGUCUGAGGACGAGAGCGGCUCCAGCUCCGCGGACAGCAGCACCACCAGCAGCAGCGUCAGCGUCCUCAGCUGGGAUCAAGUGCAGCGGCUGGACGCCAUCCUGACAGAAACCAUCCCGAUCCACGGCCGCGGAAACUUCCCCACUCUGGAGAUGCAGCCGCGGCAGAUCGUCAAGGUGGUGCGGAGUCGGAUGGAGGAGAAGCGGAUCCACGUCCGGGACGUUCGGCUAAACGGCUCCGCGGCCAGCCACAUUCUGCACGACGACAGCGGACUGGGCUUCAAGGACUUGGACCUGAUCUUUUGCGCUGAUCUGAAAGGCGAAAGCGAAUUCCAGACUGUGAAGGACAUCGUUCUGGAUUGCCUCUUGGAUUUUUUACCCGACUGCGUGAAUAAAGAGAAGAUAACGCCUUUGACUCUAAAGGAAGCUUAUGUCCAGAAGAUGGUGAAGGUGUGCAACGACUCUGACCGCUGGAGUCUCAUCUCCCUCUCCAACAACCGUGGAAAGAAUGUGGAGCUGAAGUUUGUCGACUCCCUCCGGCGGCAAUUUGAGUUCAGUGUGGACUCCUUCCAGAUCAAGCUGGACUCCCUGCUGCUGUUCUACGAGUGCUCCGAGAACCCCAUGACUGAGACCUUCCACCCCACCAUCAUGGGCGAAAGCGUGUAUGGGGACUUCAGCGAGGCCCUGGACCACCUCCACCACAAGAUCAUCUGCACUCGGAACCCAGAGGAGAUCAGGGGCGGGGGGCUCCUGAAGUACUGUCACCUCCUGGUGAGGGGUUUCCGAGCCGCCUCAGAGUCUGAGAUGAAGUCCCUACAGCGCUACAUGUGCUCGCGCUUCUUCAUUGACUUCUCUGACAUUGGUGAGCAGCAGCGCAAGCUGGAGUCCUACCUCCAGAACCACUUUGUUGGUCUGGAAGACCGCAAGUAUGACUACCUGACAACACUGCACGGAGUGGUCAAUGAGAGCACGGUGUGUCUGAUGGGACACGAGAGGCGGCAGACCCUUGGGCUCAUCGCCAUGCUGGCGGUGCGUGUGCUCGCCGAGCAGAACGUCAUCCCCAACGUGGCCAAUGUCACUUGUUACUACCAGCCGGCUCCCUAUGUGGCAGACGGCAACUUCAGCAACUACUACAUCGCACAGGUCCAGCCAGUGUUUGCCUGCCAGCAGCCGGCAUACUCCACCUGGCUGCAGUGCAACUGAGUCCACGAGAGGAGGAGGGCAAGUCAGACUGUGUUAGAGCUCACAGAAAAAAGGAGUUUAUUGUUUUGCAUCAAAGCUUCUUUUUUAAUUCAUACGUUGAGUAUGACUGACACACCAAGAACAGCUGCCUUUAACUUUCCGUGCGCGUCCUCAGGCUUGGAGAAGACUGAUGUGGAUGCAGCCUGAUGCAGAUUGGUCUCGUUCUGGAGCUGCCGAACUCUCAUCAACCUGAUCUGCCACCAGCUGUUUAGCCAGCAUGUUUCCGCAUCAGUGUCCUGAAGGUGACAGCUUUCAGGGAUGAUUUGCUCAGUGCACACACACACACACCCCCACACACACAUACAUGCACAGAUGUGCAUGCAGGACUCCAGAAACCUGUUUUAUAUCAAGAGACCUCCACCCUGCGUUUGGAUGAGUUUGUUUACACACCAAAGAUACUUUCGGGGCUCAUUUCUAACCUUAAAAAGCCAGUUUUGAUGGGGAGGAAAAAACACAACAGAUUAUUUGUAUAAGUGCCUAUCGCCUCCGUUGGUUUGAGAGAACAGCCAGGAGGCCGCGGGACCCCCUCUGCUGUCAGACAAAAAAGCAGUAGCACCCCAAAGGCUUGUGAAUGUACACAUAAUACCCAGCUCAGCGGGAUGGAAAACGUCUGUUUGAUAGUUCUGUUUACAUUCUUUAUGUGAUUCUGUGAUAAAUCGAGCUGUUAUGUUCUCGGAGUGAUGUCCUGUUUGGGUACUGUUGUAGCUGUUAUAAGAGGGGGUGGAUAAGCUUUUCUGAUCAUCAGCAACAAAGAAACCUAAACAUGAUAUUUCCUGUAUAGUUUGUGCGGCGGCGCUUCUCUCGUUCUCAUCCAACACAAGCAGAUAAGAGUCCGAGGGAGGAAAGGCUGGCUGCAGAGACCUGCUGUGUGUGGUCCUCUCAUAGCAAAGGGAUAUUUGCAGGCAGACACCCCAGAUGGUGAGACACUGUUUGCCGUCGCACCCUGGCAGGGAAUUCCUCAACUGCCGCUGAACUUAGCCGAGGUUUGAUCUGUGCACGUUUCCUUCAAGGUUUGCAAAGGGCGCUGCCAAAGGUUUUGGCACCCCUGCAGAGAGAAAGCACAGCUUUAAUGAGGUCAUUUACAGACACACGUUUUCUAAUGAUAAAAAGGACAGACAGAGGGAGACACGAAGCAGAGGGAGAAGAAAAGUGGCUGAAAGCCACAGAGGGAUCAGUCUGGAGAGAUGGGUGCAGCUGGUGAUGGGGUUUAUCUCUCUUGGGCUAGAGAAAGUUUUGGUUGCAGCCUCGUCUUUUAGACUACACCCCCCCAAAACCAUCAGAGUUGUCACUCUCUUUCCAUUGUACAGAAAAAAUAGAGUGGGCUCUGAAGAAAACUGCAUUUACUCUCACCAGCUACAGGAGACUUCAAGUUGCUGCCUGUGCUUCACGGGUCUGGUAGCUUCAACGGUGCUCAUCUGUGGUUUUUGAUGAUUAAUCCACACACCUUUUGAAGAUCUGUGUGUAUAUAUUUUUUGCUUUGUGUUGCGGCUUCUCCAGAUUCAAAAUUUUUAAGCAUAAAAGUUGCAAUUUUAGCCCCAUGAUUAGCAUUAAGCUAAAACAGCAACAAAAAAAAGAAAAAGAAAUUUGUCACUGAUUUUUUUUUCUCCUGAUUUGGAGUAAAGUUCAUCUCAGUGGUUUCCUCUCUGACUGACUUUCCGGAGAUUGUAACGGUGUGAUGUAUCGUCAGUCUCAAUGAAGUUCUAACAGCUAGACCUUUUCUGCCUGUCAAACUAGUGAUCGUGCCUGUCAGUUAGAGAUUGUUGGUUUCUGCAUCGUCUCGCGCAUCUGUCUUUUACACAAUUUGAAAAAGGAUCCUUGCUGUAAAUGUCUGUUUUUUAUGAUUGUUAUUUUUAUAAAUACACCAGGAGCUGCAGCUGUUGCAGCGCUUCUGACUCUGUGAUCAGGCUGCAGAGGAGAUGUUCUCAAUAGCUUUUUUUCCUAUGUUAUGUGUCCAAAUGGGUCAAAAGGUUAAAGAUGUUUUUUCCUCAAUAAAAUAUCUGAAAACCA